AUGGCACCCAAAAAACCCCGCGAUCGCAAACGGCAGACCAAAAUCAACUUCUCACCUGCUCCCAAAUCCUCGCCUGCAACCAGAUCAAGUGCCGCCACAACGAUGAGGAACUCGCCUUCGCGACCGAACCUUACGGCUACAGAAUUGGAAAAAGCGCCUAGCGGAGCUUCUAAAAACAAAAAGAAAGACUUUUGGGGUGAAGACGCAUUGGCAGCUGGAAUAAGGCGAGGGAAGGAGUUGGGCAAGCUUCUCCAUAGCUCUAGGCCUGAUUACUCCGACAGUGACUCUGCCGACUCUACACCUCCAGAAGAAGACGAACCGUUGGCUCUUGUCAUGUUGCGAAACUACAAAGCGUUGGCGACGCCCAGCGACAGAUCCGAGGAUGAUGUGGAUGAGGAAGACGAAGUGCCAGUGGAGGAACCUAAAUCACGGAAGCGGAGACGAGCCGCGACGCCCAACGAUUCUGAUGAUGAGGAGCCGACAGUCACAGUCAUCCCGCGCAAACGUCAAAAGCGCGUCAAAAUCGAGUCGGAUAGUUCCGAGAAACCGAAGAAGAGAAAGAAGAAGGACAAGAAAGACAACAAGCGGAGUAAGAAGAAGGAGAGCACAUCAGAGGAGGAAGAGACGCAGCCUGCACCUCGUAGCAGCCGGCGAAGGGCUGUGAAGAAGGCCUCAACACCAGACGAAGAUGAAGAAGACGACGUUCUUCUCACGCCAGCUCCAAGGUCAAGGCGGAAGACAACCCGCCAGCCUUCUCCACCAGUCGAAAGGGAGAAGGAACAGAGUCCACCACGAAGCACAAGACGCAGAUUGAAAAGGCGCAAAUCGCCCUCAGAAGAUGAAGAUGAAGCUUCAGGUAGGGGGGAUGUCGUGUCGGACGAGGAAGAGUCGGGAGGAGUUGAAGGAAGCGCAAAUGACGAAGAGAACGACGAAGAGCAAGACGAGUUGAAGGAGGAACUUGCAUUUCUGAGAUCAUCUCCACUACCAGACCGUGGUAGACUAAGAAGUACGCAAGAUAAGCCCAAGAACAAACGACAGGAGGCUCUCGAAGCGUUGAAGAGGCGACGUGCUGGUACUACUAAUGAGCCGUCCUUCUCAGCAACACCUGGGCGCAAAAGAGCAGUUGUGGUAGACACAGAUUCUGAGUCAGAGCUUGAGGUAAUCAAAGAAGAACCAGAUAGUGAUCUCGACGUACUGGAAGAGGAUGACAUCGAAGACGACGAGCAAGAAGAGUCAGACCGCGAUGCAAAUGCAUUGGACAUGUUCCAAGAGGAUGAACAAGACGAGCAGUUCAUCGACGACGAUCCAGACAACAUGAUUGGGGAACCAUCUGUCAACGACGACCUUGACGAAAUGCGUCUGGCAUUUAGCUUGUCACGUGCGAAGACACGGGAUUUGUUCAAACACGCCGUAGAGUGGAUGGUCAUGAAGAAGAUCCAUCCAGGUUUCGAUUCGAAGAAGAACGUCUACACGCUGACAUUCCGUAAACUGGACGACGAAGUAAAAGGUCUCGCCGGAUCCAAAUAUACAUCAUCAGUUUGGACAGCCGAUUUUACAAGAGCUAUCCGCGCACGCCCCGAUCUUAUGAUCAACGAACUCAGUGCUGCCGAAAGAGCCGUCAUGUCGCCACACUGCGAAGCAUGUAAUCGAACCAACCACACAGCGAGUUUCGAGCUCCUCCUCCAAGGCCAGCCCUACCAUCCAGAAACACUCGAGCCCUUGUCCUCCGCCUCAGAUUCCUCAGACUCUGAUAGUGACGACAGCGACUCCUCUGGCCUAUCAUCUGACUCCGAAACCGCGCUCAACGGUGAAAAACCAUCGUACAACUACCAGAAAGACCGUAUACCACCCGAAUCUCACCGCUUCCCUCUCGGCUCAACAUGCAAAGCCAACGCACAAGUCGCGCAUACGCUGUACCACUGGCGGUACAACCUCUACCAGUGGGUGAAGGACCAUCUCAAGGCACAAGGGCAUCUAUCAGCUGAGAAGCUGGUGAAGAGAGAAGGGAAGAGUGACCGCAAGAGGGAGAAGGAGGCAAGGAAGAUUGUGGAUACCAUGGAGGCAGACGGACAAAUCAAGUCGCUUUGGCAUUCUUAUAAGACACAACUGCAGACGGCGGUGGAGGCGGAUAACGAUUAUGCUAAUGGUUGGGGGAGAAGGGGGUAG